UGAAAAAAAAAACCCUUGGAAGUAAAUGCUAGAGGAUUGCGAACCAAACAGCUGCUUCUCCACCAACCUCCUGGUUCAGACGAUAACUCGCAUCACCCUCAGCCCAAGGAUUCCUCGCCAUUGACUAGACAACAAGGAAAAGGGAAAAAAGGAACCCAACUGUGCCAGACGAUCCCUUAAAAUUCGAUUCUCGGGGGAGACCAACACUCUGUCUGUCUGUCCGUCUGUCUCUCUCUCUCUCUCUAUAUCGCUCUAGAGCUUCUUUGACAGGUAAUUUCUUUUCUGGAAGAGUCUUAUGGGUUCCUUGAUCAUUAGGAAUGGACUGAUUUAAGUUCCUCUCUGAAAUAGUGCGAUAUAUAUCCCAUGGCUCGCAGAGGUAAUAAUCAGAAGCAUGGGCAGGAUCAUCAUAUAUCAAACCACAAAAAGAAGGGCUCAGAUUUCAUGCCAGUCAUGAAAGGGCAGGGAAAAGCAAGUGAGGUAAAGGUUUUUCAUGGGGAGGAGGUACGAAAUGGCAAUCAAGCUAGUGAGUCGUUUAUAGAGACUGCAAGCAAAAGUCAUCAUGCUGACGAUGAGUAUAAAAGUAAAGAAAAGUGUGGGAAACCUAUGGAGAUUGAGAAGAAUGCAACAGAUGGCUCUGAAAAGUCCACUUCUUUUGGGAGUCUUUCUGGGGAUUUCAUUGAGAACAUAUCUCCCUUGCAAACUGGUGUUACAGAAGAAAAGAGAACAUCAUCCAGCGGUAAUCUUGGUCCGAAACGUGCAAAAAGGGUUUUGAACGUGCUGAAUGGAUUGCACAUUAGUAGUCUGAUGGAGAACAUAGAGUUCUCAGAUAAUGUGGUGGUCAGGUACUUGAGAGAUUAUUAUGUUUUUCUCUUGAAGGCAAUGACUGAAGUCAUGGAGAGGCAGAAACCUUAUAUAUUUAAUCUAAAAGGGAGAACACAUAAAGCUUGUGAUCAUGUGAGAAUGAAGAUUAAGCAAGCAUAUCCUAUUGUUAGGAAAUUGCUGGUGCAUGUUGGGAACAUAAUGCUUCUGUUGUCACUGGUUUGGUUGGACUGUACACUUAGGGGUAUUGAUUCUUUCCUGCGCAUGGGGACAACAUCCUUUUUCUCAAUUAUAUGGUGCAGUAUUCUUUCAGUAACGGCUAUGGUUGGGGUGUCUAAAUUUCUGAUUGUCUUGCUUCCUUGGAGGAUCACCUGGCCUAUUUUCCUUCGUGUAUUAUUGAUUUACCCUUUUCUUUUGCGAAGCUAUUUCAGGUCUAACGAUCAUCAACAUUCAGGUUUGGCAUUCAUGUUGAGCCAUGAGCGCAUUGCACUAUUAAUCACCACAGCUUAUUCUGUAUAUUGUGCAUGGAUGUAUGUCGGGUGGCUCGGAUUGCUCUUGGCUCUUAAUUUUUCUUUCAUUUCAAGUGAUGCUCUUAUAUACUUCCUAAAAAAUAACAUAAACCAACGAAGACAAUCUGAUAGACCUGAUGAAUUUACCGCUGGAGUGCAAGGUCAACCGGGAUUUUUCAGUGAUGAGUCAGUGCAUGCUUCAUCCUUUGAAAAUUUUCCGGGCUCGGCAGCCGAUCGUAACCCAGGAAUGCCUUCAACAAGUGAAGCUGAAUCUGAAUUAACGUCUGAAAUGGAAGUAGUUCGGUUGUUGAACUGUACUGAUCACUAUACAGCACUGGGCUUGUCGCGGUAUGAGGACGUUGAUGUUUCUUUACUCAAGCGAGAAUAUAGGAAAAAGGCAAUGCUGGUCCAUCCUGAUAAGAAUAUGGGAAAUGAAAAGGCUGCAGAAGCUUUUAAGAAACUUCAGAAUGCAUAUGAGGUUUUACUUGAUUCCCUGAAGCGAAAAGCAUAUGAUGAUGAAUUAAGAAGGGAGGAGCUGCUGAACUAUUUCCGUAGGUUUCAAAAUGUAUCUCAGAAGAAUGGAGGAUAUGGUUUCUUUACCUCUGGAUUUGCUCGCUCAGAGGCCGACGGUGAGGAUAUCUUUGGAGAUUCAAGGAGAAUAGCCUGCAAGAAAUGUGGCAAUUUCCAUUUAUGGUUGCAGACCAGAAAAUUAAAAUCUCAAGCAAGAUGGUGCCAGGACUGCAAGGAUUUUCAUCCAGCAAAAGACGGAGAUGGAUGGGUUGAGCAAUCUCUGCAACCUAUCUUCUUUGGAUUACUUCAGAAGGUUGAUACUCCCGUUGCCUACGUAUGUGCAGACAGCAGAAUAUAUAAUGCUACUGAAUGGUAUAUCUGUCAGGGAAUGAGAUGUCCAGCCAAUAGUCACAAGCCAAGCUUCCAUGUGAAUGCAAGUGUAACCUCUAAGCAUAUUUCUGGAAAGGGAGCUACUUCAGGACAAAGAGGUGGUCGGAUACCAACACCUAACAUGGAGGAGACAAUGACGGAAGAACAAUUAUUUGAGUGGUUCCAGAAUGCUUUCCAUGCUGGUGUCUUUGCUGGCGGCACCUUCACCGAGAACCCAUCUCCCAGGCCUGGGAAUACUUCCAAGAGCAGUGGCAACCAUUCCGGCGGUGCCAGUGCCAGUGCCAGUGCCAGUGCCAGUGCCAGUGCCAGUGCCAGUGCCAGUGCCAGUGCCAGUACCAGUGCCAGCAACAAGAAAAAGAAAAAGGGAAAGAGGCAACGUUAAGCUUCAUGCUACGGGGCCUUCCCAUGCUCAGAAAUUCUUAUAAGCAUUCAGAAUCAGAACAAGAAACAUCAAUUUUAGUCGGUAAAGGUUGUUUUCUUUUGCCGGUGUGACUGUGAGUAAGCCCCCCCCCCUUGAGCCGAUCUCCUCUAGACCUAACAACUUGUACAGCAUUUUCUAUAGCUUUGUAAGUUUUGAAAAGAUAAAAGAUGUAGACCGUGGCACCUGGUUGAAAAUAGUUUCCCAGCAGAAAGUAUCUUGUUUUGGUUUUCAUGGUGGGGGCAUCAAUGGUUGCACUGGCCUAAAAUUUUGUACCCUUUACAAAAAAUUUACAGCUUCAGAAAAAGGGAUCCGAGUAGGUUUGAGAUUUGAGUCAUAACAUGUCCGGGAUCCAAAUUCCUUAAUUAUUACUCUCUUGGAAGAAGAAAGAUCUUGUUAAUACAUCACCUUUCACUCA